AUGUCGCAACCUAAGCCGAUUCAAAUCGUCCUUUGUUUUGAUGGAACGGGGAAUACUUUUCGUGCUGAUGGCACGGAGACAAAUAUUCUGAAGAUCUGUCGGAUGUUGCAAAGAACGGAUGAGCAGUUGGUUUACUAUCAGCCGGGCAUUGGAACUGAAAUCACACCAGGGUCCCUAGCAGCAAAGACACUGAAGAAGAGUAGCCAUUUAGGAAAGAGCAAGACAAUCAGUCAGGCUCUAGGGGAGUCGUUUGAUCAGCACGUCUUGGGUGGCUACAGGUUUCUGAUGCGACACUACCGGGGAGAUGGAAAUAUCUUUAUUUUCGGCUUCUCUCGUGGAGCUUACACCGCUCGAUUUCUCGCAGAGAUGCUCGACUACGCUGGACUACUGGGCCCGGAUAACGAGGAAAUGAUCCCGUUUAUAUGGGAUGCCUUUUCGCAAUGGAAAUUAACCCGAUACGAGGGAACACAGAAAAGGAAACAGGCGACAGACUUCCUGAAUAAUUGUCGUGAGACCUUAUGUCGCCGGGUGACUAGGGUGAAGUUCUUGGGUCUAUUUGACACCGUCAAUAGCAUUGCUGAUUUCGAAAUCAACAAUGACACAAUGCCGACCGCUCGUGUGAUCAGACACGCGGUAAGCAUUGACGAACGCAGGGUCAAGUUUCAGCCAGUACUGCUGGACUCUGGCGUGAAUUCAGGAAACGCAGCAGGUAGCCGAAGUACCACAUACAAAGAGCGGCUGGAUCCUGUCAAAACUGAGCCGCUAGUUGUACCUGGCGUCCCCCAGUCCGUGGAUGAUUCCGAGAGCGAAAAUGGCGAUGUCAACGAAAAGGGCUCGGCUCUCCGUGGCUCAAAGCAGAAAGCCGAUGACGGCAGUCAGGACCUGCAAGAACUUUGGUUUCCAGGUGGACAUGCAGACAUCGGCGGUGGAUUUCAACUCGAAGGAGAUGAGAAGUUCCAGCUCAGUCACGCCCCAUUGGUUUGGAUGGUCCAGGAGGCACAGCGCGCCGGUAUUGAGUUCGACCAGGAAAAGUUGUACAAAUACAAAUGCCUGGAGCACUGGGCAGAAGAUUCUUCAGCAAGCACCCACUUCAAGGAAGCGCUUCGACAGUCGAGCACGGAAGGCCUACUCCAUGAUCGAAUAGGCUUUGGCGAAGGUGUCUCCCCUAUCUCUGUUCUGGCGUGGCGGUUGAUGGAAUAUCUUCCCAUUCGUCGGUCUGACAUGCAACCUGAUGGUUCGUGGAAAAUGGUUUGCUGGCCGCUACAUCGUGGUCAGGCCCGAGACAUUCCAUCCGACGCUCUGAUUCACGGAUCGGCUGUUCGUCGCCUGCAAUCAAACCCGGAAUACCGACCGGCAAAUAUGAUUAUCGGUGGUGGCGGCAGAGGCGUAAAGGAGGUUGGUCCUGAGUAUGGCAUUGGCCAGUGGGAAGCCAUUCGCAUGUGUGAAAAAUUCGAUCCUCCUUCCGAGCAAUGGUCUCGCAAACGCCCUGAGCAUACCGAAUGGGAGGAAUAUGUUGAAGCAGGAACCAAUAUUCAUCGUUGGAUUGAGGAUCCAAGAGUGCAAGGGUGUUUCGUUCCUCGAAUUUCCCUAAAGUUUACUGAUCUUUCUCAACAAGGCUGGUCAAUUCGACAGUUUGCCGCAUCCUUCCCAUCAUCAUGUCUCCAUGAUGCAAUCACCUUUGGAAUACCGGUUACCGGAUCAGUCUCAGCGAACUCAGAUUGCUCGGGUAUUGGAAUCAAACUGGAAUUUCAGAUGACUUCUCACAAUCAUCCUAGCCACCGCUUGGAGGGAACAAUUGCCAAGAGUGUGAUUUUUAUUACACUCAUUGAACGAGUUCUCGGAGCCCCGCGUCCCUGGAUCUCAGAGCUUAUCAAGGUUGCUUAUGAGAAGGAAAUCUUCUCUACACAGCUGAGCGAGGGCUUUCGUGGCCCGAUGAUGAACGGCGAAUAUGGGAGUACCCAACCCGGAGUACCACGCGAUACUUGGGACGAGGAUUGGUAA